CCGUGCGUGCGUGUGUGUGCGGGCGCGCGCGUCCCUGUGUGCGCGCGUGGAGACGGCCGGGGUGGUCAGACGGAGCAAAACAAAAGGAUCAAUCAAUCCGGAGGAAGUGCAGAUCAGAAGCGUCGGUGAGCGCGUGAAAGCGCAGCACUUCCGGAUACGACGCUGUGCGUGACAUCCCGCGCAGCCCGCAGACGCACCCUGAUCACAUCUGCUGCACGACUCUUCACUCCACCUGAGCUUCUAGCCUGAGCCAUGUCCACGUUCGGAGAUUUGUCCAGGAGUUCCCCGACCCCCAGGCUGUGUGGCGUGCUGUGUCCCCUCGACUCGCUCUGGACAGACGACAAGAAGAAGGAGGGACAGCAGAGGAGCUCCAACAUGGACAACCGGAAGGUGGAGAUCCGCAGGAGUGCUGGCAAAGAACUGCUGCAGAACCUCAAUGAGCAGAGUGAGCGUCUGCUGAUUAAAGGAGCGAAGAUUGUGAACGAUGACCAGUCCUUCUCCGCGGACAUCUACAUGGAGGAUGGUCUCAUCAAGCAGAUCGGGGAGAACCUGAUUGUCCCGGGCGGGGUGAAGACCAUCGAUGCUCAUGGCCGCAUGGUGAUGCCGGGAGGGAUCGACGUCCACACUCGCUUUCAGAUGCCGGACCGAGGCAUGACGGCGGCGGAUGACUUUUAUCAGGGCACGAGGGCGGCGGUGUCAGGAGGAACCACCAUGAUCAUUGACCACGUGGUUCCGGAACCCGGUACCGGUCUGAUAGCGGCGUUUAAUCAGUGGCGUCAGUGGGCCGACAGUAAGUCAUGCUGCGAUUACUCUCUCCACAUCGACAUCACCGAGUGGCACAAAGGGAUCCAGGAGGAAAUGGAGACGCUCGUCAAGGACCACGGUGUCAACUCCUUCCUGGUCUACCUGGCCUACAAGGACAUCUUCCAGCUGACCGACUCUCAGAUCUAUGAAGUGUUCAGCGUGAUCCGGGACCUCGGCGCCAUCGCACAGGUCCAUGCUGAGAACGGGGACAUCAUCGCAGAGGAGCAGCGCCGGAUCCUGGAGCUGGGAAUCACCGGACCGGAGGGCCACGUGCUGAGCCGUCCAGAGGAGGUGGAGGCCGAGGCAGUGAACCGCGCCAUCACAGUGGCUAAUCAGACCAACUGUCCUCUUUACAUCACCAAGGUGAUGAGCAAGAGCGCAGCUGAUGUCAUCGCCCAGGCCAGGAAGAAAGGCACCGUGGUGUACGGGGAGCCGAUCACGGCCAGUCUCGGCACAGACGGCUCGCACUAUUGGAGCAAAAACUGGGCCAAAGCUGCAGCGUAUGUGACCUCUCCACCCCUGAGUCCGGAUCCCACUACGCCCGACUAUCUCAACUCCCUGCUGUCAUGUGGCGACCUCCAGGUGACGGGAAGCGCCCACUGCACCUUCAACACCGCGCAGAGAGCCGUGGGGAAAGACGACUUCACCCUCAUCCCUGAAGGGACCAACGGCACAGAGGAGAGGAUGUCCAUCAUCUGGGACAAGUGUGUGGUGUCCGGAAAGAUGGAUGAGAACCAGUUUGUGGCCGUAACCAGCACGAACGCAGCCAAGAUCUUUAACCUGUACCCCCGUAAGGGCCGCAUCGCUGUGGGAUCCGACGCAGACCUGGUGCUCUGGGACCCCGACGCCACUAAGAUCAUCUCGGCCAAGAGCCACAAUCUGGCUGUGGAGUACAACAUUUUCGAGGGCAUGGAGGUGCGUGGAGCUCCGCUAGUGGUCAUCAGCCAGGGGAAGAUUGUACUAGAGGACGGAACUCUGCACACCACCGAGGGCUCGGGACGCUACGUUGGUCGAAAACCGUUCCCUGACUUCGUCUACAAGAGGAUAAAAGCACGCAGCAGGCUUGCUGAGUUGAGGGGCGUUCCUCGCGGCCUGUACGACGGGCCGGUGUGUGAGGUCACCGUCACUCCCAAGGCUGUUACUCCUGCUUCUUCAACCAAAACAUCUCCAGCAAAGCAGCAAGGUCAGCCAGUCAGGAACCUGCACCAGUCUGGAUUCAGCCUCUCUGGUGCUCAGGUCGAUGACAACGUUCCACGGCGCAGCACUCAGCGCAUCGUCGCGCCCCCUGGUGGCAGGGCUAACAUCACCAGCCUGGGUUAGAGCUCCCGGCUCCCCUGCAGGAGAUCAGAGGGUUGGGGGGUGUUUACAAGCGGAGGUGUUUCUCAUCCCAACGCUAAGGUCCAGAGUCGAGACUCUCCGCUCCCGAAACCCACUAACCCUCUUUAAUCUCAUACUCCUAUACUAUGUUUACCCCGUUGUUCCCUCCUUGUCAGAAACCCUAACCCCUAAACCCUAAACCCUCCUCCUUGAGGAGAAAUUUAACGAAAUAAAAAAAACAAGUAUUUGCCUCAUGUGAAGAUAAAAAGGAAAAUAAUUAACACUCCAUAUUUGAGCACCUUGAUUGUAUGAUUUAGCAUUUUUUAUACUGUAUUUUUAUCGAUCAUGUCAUUUUAUAUAUAUUUUUUUCUUUAUUUAACACCUUUUUUUUUUUCAUCGGAGGGGUCCAGAUAAUAGGCUAAGCAGUUACUGUUUAUCAUUCUAACUUUAUUUAACAAGGUGAGUGGCACACAGAGUCCUAGCUUUGAGCACAUCCGGUGGCAUCAAGUUGUUUUUCUGUUAUUGUGGGACUUUCUAUAAUUUUCUGUAAGCACACGACCUGCAUCGUGAAUAUUCUGAGUAUAAUUGGCUUAAACCGAGUUACAAUCAGAUCGGCUUUUCUAUAGUAGUAUGUAAACGUUAACUUUAGUUGGAAACCAAGGUCAUUUUGACCAGAAAUGAAAAACUUACAUAAAUCCAAAAAACAUCAGGACAACUGAUUAAAACUUCACGCUCUAAAAAUAAAUCAAAUUCACACGAGGAAGCGGCUUUAAUGUGUUAAAGUGAGGUUUGCGAUUGAUGAAUUGUCUGGCUCGUCGUGAUAAAUAAGUGUCAGGUGCAGAUGGGAAAUUUGGAAAUUGGAGACGUGUUUAAGGUUUACAUCAUUGUAUUUGUUUAAUAUUCAUAUAAAAAUGUGACUUUAUUGGGAUUGUAACUUCUGCCGUUCCUGUAAAGUCAGAUUUACGUUUUUUGUUAUUAUUAUUAUUAUUAUUAUUAUUUUUCUAAAACAGUUUUAAAUUCCAACAUUACAAUAAUAUUCAAAUAUGGCAUUUUCACGUCAAUGGAAAUGAAAUUCUAGAUGUACUAUCUUAUGAUUUAGCCGAACCCUAACACUUAGCUUUACGCCUGUGCAUAAAGUAACUAAAGUGUACUGAUCAUUAUUCUUCUUAUUAUUAUUUUGGUUCCUCAUUUAUUUUUUUUUUAUUUAUUUUUUUUUACAUUUCUAUUAAACUUGCUGAUGAAAAAAAAAAAGAAGGCUAUAGCUGUAGAAUAGCCGUAAACCGAUGCAAAGGUGCCAGAUUUUUUCUUCUUGACCCGUCUCCACAAGGGUCUGGGUCGAGAUUAUGUGUCGCAGUGCCAUUACAGGGGGGUAAAUGUCGAAUGUCGAUGUUGGUGACGUAGUGCGAUGGAUGAUCAUUUACAACACCGUACUUUCGCCACACUGAAAUGCUUUCAUCAAAAAAAAAAUAAAAUAAAAAAAAUUGCUGAAGGGUUGAGCCAUUUUUUUUAAAGCAUGGAUUGUGACGAUCAUACGGACGCGUCACUGCGUCCGACGCAUAACAUAACUUUAACUGUAGGGUCGUGAAAAAAAAUAAAAAGUCACGCUGGGUCAAGUGUAUCCUUGUGUAACUGUCUCAUAGCAUUCAACCUUUUUCAUUUUUUCAUUUGCAAAAGUCUUGGAUCCUCUGUCACUCACCUUUUCCUCCCCACGACUACAAAAACACACUUACACACACACACACAAAUGCAUAGGGAUUUAUCUGUUUAAUUACGCCACCGUUCCAGGAGUGCGAGUUGUACGCUCUAUAGUUUUAACUCUAUAAGGAAUUUUGAAUACGAUUACGGGAGACGUAGCGCUGACAUUCCAGGGCGAAGCGAGCGAGGGGAUUUCCGAAUGGAAGUUAACGGAGGAUUAGAGGAGCAUGUUAGCAGCAACAAAAAGAAAAAAGAGGAGAGAGAGGGAGAGCGUACGCUCCAAACGACAUUUUUUCAGCAUGAGGUCGUCUGUUCUUUGUUGAUGAAAUGAAUUCGGAGGCUGUAAUGGGAGCUGGCCAACUUUACUUUUUCUGUUUGUUUGUUUUAACUGAUCAUUUUUCUUGAUUUCCUUUAUCAAUCCUCAUAUUUCAUUGAACUAACGAUGUCUGUUUUCCUCUGUGACUUCCCUCCUUCCUGCAUUCAUGUGUUAUCCGGCGUUACUACGACUACGGCUCAGUGUUUGUCAUGGCAACACGCUCUGAUAUGUCGGAAGUUGCCCGUAGCAACCCUUCCAGACACGGUGCUAUAAAAACAACAUUGACUCAUUUGGACCGUCGUCUUUUUCUUUUUUUUUUCCUCUUUUUAAAUCUGUUCCAUGCUGUAAGAUAAAACACAUGUCUGUUUGUGUCUCAACUGGAAACGGUUCAAAAUGUCGUCAUGCAUAACGCUUUCUCAACUUCGGUGACAUGAUGUUCUCCUCUCGUCUGGGGGGUUGCAUGUUCUCGAAGGUUCUGUGUGGGGUACAGAUCCAGGGGUGGAUAGAUCUUUAGAACAACCACACUCCAAAAAAAAAAAAAAAAGAAAAAAAAAGAGCGAACCCACAACACGUGCAGAGUCGCUGGUGUAUGCAUGCAUGUGCAUUAAGCUGAUAUUAAAAAAUCAAGAAGAAGAAGACAUGCCUUAAGCUUCAGGCUUUGCCUCCUCACAUCGUCAUCUAGUAUAGCUUUCAACAUUCAUAAUACACACACACACACACACACACACACACACACACACAUAUACUUAACGUACCUCAUUCUGUAAACCUGUAUGUUUUCUAUGCCUCUAGUAUGUGAUGUAAGUGAAACGCUGUUUGCUGACUGCGGCUGAGGGACGUUUCAGCCUGGGUUCGCUAUGCUGUUAGAAUCCUUCUUCUUUCUCCACUCGCCCCCAUACCCCUUAUACCCCCCCCCCCCUCCCCCUCCUCCAAACCCCACUCUUGGCAGGUCGAUCGUGUCUCUGGGGUUUGAGGAUGUUCGCUCAUGUGCGCUGAAAAGUGUGUAAUGGAUGGUGAUGUACAAAAAAAAAAAUGGUGAUUUGACAAAAAUAAAAAUGGUAA